CCAAUCACAUUUCACAUCGUACCAAGCCGUCGUGGAGGCUGCCCGUGCGCGAUAUCGUUAAAAAUUGACACGUCUUGCUAAUCGCGUACACGCGAAGACUAUCACUUUCGCCACAGUUCAAAAGCAAUUCCAACUAUGAUACAGUGAUUAAAACAUCCAGGACCACGUCACAACGGCUCUUCAAGAACUCAAUAUGCCCCAAUGGGCGAGCAGUGAGGGCGGAGGGACUGAAGUGGCGUCUCCGAACCAAAUGGUUAACUACGAUGAAACAGAGUGCUACGAUGACAAAGCCGAAGAUGCUGAUAAAAUUGAACAGACUGGUGAUUUCUACGACAGCGGUAGCAGCGAUGAGGUACGGCGUGUGAGUCGUCGAAGAACAGCGGCUAGUUCCUCUUCGUCUGGCGGUUCCAGUGGUCCAGGCAGACGAAGGCGAUGCGGGAUCUCAGCGAGGGAAAGAAAUCUAAGAAGAUUGGAGAGCAACGAACGCGAACGUAUGCGCAUGCAUUCACUGAAUCGAGCGUUUGAGGAUCUCCGCCGUGUGAUUCCGCAUGUAAAAAAGGACAAUCGAAGUUUAUCAAAGAUAGAAACUUUAACUCUUGCCAAAAACUAUGUUAAAGCUCUCACGAAUGCUAUUUGCACGAUGAGGGGGGAAGGACCUCGUUACCAAUUUAACAACGAAGAUGAAAAUGUAGAGCCUGUAUUUGUUAUAUCCAAAGACCAGGAACAAAAUAACAAUAUGUCAAGUGAUGGAGACAUAGACGAUUCACCCAAUAUUUGUCUUUGACGAUAAUCGCGUUUUCCAGUAGGCCACACUGGGCCGAUGUUGCCACAUUCUGUGGCUCGAUCAUAUAGAUCAGCGGAAGAAGAUCUACAAUUGACUGGCUAUGCUUGGACACCGAUACAGAACAAAAUAUACAAUUGUAACAACGUUUUAAAUGUCCUAGUCUUGUAAUUUUAUGUACUAGAGCCCCACGAUAUAUUUUGUGUAAAUUUAAGAAUGUUUUUUCUAAAUAAAAAUUAAUUUGGAAUUAUGCAAUUGCAAAUCCAUUAGAUAAACAAUAUUCAACACACAAGUUUUUAGACGUGUCGCAGAAAGUUGUGACAUUCGUGGCUACAAUUAGGCUCGAAAGUGAAAAGGCCGCAGACAAAACAUUUUGCGGCAGGCGUGACAAGCUUAGCAACAUAAUUGCAUAAGACAGACGUUCUAUUCACGGCAAGUAACUAUUAUUUUUACGUUCAGGUUCAGGAAAUUGUAUUCAUAAACAUGCCACAUCGUUUCUACUUUAAAUUUUUCAUAUGUAUUUUGGAUUUACGCGCACAAAAAAAAUCAUAGCACUUGGCAGCAAAUAGGUACUUAAUCAGCAAAAUUAAAUUUUGACCAGCUUUCUUAUAUUUUAACGGUAUCUUUAUCACGCAAUUUGUCAUUUAUAUUUUUUCGUUAUUUACGUUUAUGUAAGUCUCUGAUCUGAUCCUGAAUAAGGGAACAUUAAACAAUUUCUUGGACCUCCGAGUCCCUUCCACUUUACGCAAACGUAAUGUCAAAAAAGAAAAUUUUUAUUAUUCAGAUACAAUCUGUUGGUAAUUUCAUUCUCUCUCUUGCUAUGGUUGUAUUAAUUGGUACUUAAUAGUGUA